GCGUGUUCCUGUCACGUGUUAUAAGCGGAAGCGUCGUAGCACUUGGCUACCCGUAAUUUCGAGAACGCGCGUUGAAAUGUGACGCCCGGUUUGGAAACAAAAUUCUCCGUACACUACUGCGCGUAAUAAUUACGUCAUUCGUAAAAACCAAGCGGAUUUUGUGCGGUACUUGUUCUUUGGGAGUCUACUGGGGAUCUGGAAGUGUUUCGGAGGUCUAUAGACGUCGGGCAGUCUCCAAGGAUCAUUGGUAAGUGGGAUAGAUACUAUAGAUCGAAUGCAUGAGCGCAAGCGCCGUGUUUGGGCACUCAAUAAUAGGUAAUAUCUGUAGUAAACUGUGUGCGUAAGCGUGGGGAAGAUAGAGAUAGAAAUAAAGAGGAUGGAUGGGGGGAGAGAAGUACAAUUGGAGAUAAUAACGAUGGGGUAGGGGAGAGAGCGGGCGCCUCAUUUCCCGCAUGUGCGGGCAUUGUGUCCAGGGGUGUGGCACUUGCCGCAAAUUCGUGGCCGCUUUGUCGGUGGUGGGCCAUCUUGUGUACUGCCCGCAGAUGUUUGGUUGGGCAGUGCCAUGUGAGUUGCUGGCAGCACUGGCAGUGGGAGAGGAGGCAGCAGUGGAGGAGGAGGCAGUAGCGGAGGAGAGAGGGGUACCACUGCCGCUCGAGGGAGAGCCCAGAAGGAGGGAUGACAGGUGGCAGCUGCUGUGGAGAUGUCGUCCACGUACGGUCCAUCAGAAAGCCCGGCGCAGAUGCAGAGACGACGAUGUGAUGGUUAUGUCUUGAUGUUCUUGAGUCUACGGAGCCGACCAGCGAACAUUGAACUCCAAUUGUAG